AUGGUCAAUACGACGGCGAAUAUCAAGAUCGAAGUUGGCGAGCCGCAUUCGAUCGUAUUUGACGAUGCAGCAGCGACGUUCCACGUGAAUGAAUCUGCGCCGCUUGGUUACGUAAUUGGAAAAGUAUCGGCUAGCGCGUUGUACAAACAGGAUGAGAAAAAUAUUAGGUAUUAUUUGGAAAUGAGAGAUAAUGCGACUGUGCCCUUUGAAGUGUCCGAGAAGACAGGAGUGUUGCGAGUGGCUCAGUUGUUAGACUAUGAAAAACAGAGGGAAUAUAAUUUUAACAUAUUAGCAAAGGUCUGUUUCUUUCUAUUUUGGAAUUCUUAA